AUGUCCGUUCCCAAGAAGGGAUGGGCGGAGCACUACUGCGUGGGCAAGCCGCGGCCCCGGAGGACGGACGGCCUCUCGUGGAUUGACCCGGUCUUCCCGGCCAUUGACCCCGUGACGCUCCGCCUCGACGACCCGUCGCCAGCCCGGAUCCCGCAGCCGCCGCCGGAGCGGCUCGACGACCUGUACACCUCGGAGGGACAGCAGACGAAUAAGUUGUUCGGCAUGCGGACGUGGGAGGCGGCGUUGCUCGCACAGGCCGACGUGUACGCGGCGGCAGACGAGGCGCCGUGGUUUGCCGGGACCGGGGACGCCGGCAGCGUCGAAGUGCAGGAGUGGACGUGGUUUCCGUUCUGGGCGAGGGACCGCUGGGUGAUUGACUUCACGGUGCCGCCCAACUGGACCAACACGUGGACGACGGCGUACCUGUGGAGUGCGCAGGACCCGGGGGUGUGGUCGGUGCUGCGGGAGGCGAUCCAGGUCGCCGAGAACAUGCUCCGCAGCUGUCUUCUGACGCCCUGGUUCCAGUCCCUCGUCAACCCGGCAAACUACCAGUCCGGCUGGAAGGAGGUGCCCCUCGGCUCCGGCCAGAAAGGCAACCUCUGGUGGAUGCGGAGCCCGCCGGCCCAGCUGCUGACGGCCGAGGACACGAUACAGCAGCUGCUGCGCGUGCUCGGCCAGCGGGUCUUCUGGACGUUCAACGACAAGGCGAGGCAGGCCAAUUACGAGCCCGACGGCAUCACGCACGGGCUGACGGUGCCGGUCAAGGGGUUCGUGACGGGACCCAUUGCCAUCUUCAUCGACGUGCUCGAGAUGAGGACGCUGUUGGACCCGAUGACGACGGAGCGGUCGAGGAAGUCUGCGCUGGUAAAUGUGGCUGAUACGUUCGGCCCCCUCGAGAACCAAAGCGAGCUCGGACACUCGUGGGAGACGACCACGUUCGGCGGCAAGUUCUCGACCGUCAUCACGGAGGAGUCGGCCGAGUACUUCCACACGACGACGGGGGCCGGCCUGAUCGUAGGCCUGAUGGAGUGGCCGCUGUACUGGGACAAUCACCAGUGGACGUUCGACCAGCCGCGUGACUUCACGGCCGCCUUCACCAGCUGGCCGGUGCCGGGCCUAUGGACGCAGUCCCUCUCGUCCCAGGCGUUCUGGGAGUAUCUGGUCGGACGGUUCGGCGCGGCCUGCCUCAGGACGCCCAAGAUGCUCUCCACCACGCUCGUCCUGGGCGACGACGGGUACCCGGUGCCCCUGACGUAUCCCAGAGACAAGACGACGCGGUGGGUGGCCGACUUCGCGCCGGCCCAGCACCAGGCGAAGUCGCUCCGGUCCCUGGCGAGGGAGCUGCACGCGCGGCGACAGAAGUACACCCGGCUGCGGCCCUGGUACGUCGACACGUUCUCCAUGUGGCAGCUGACGCCGUGGAACGGGCGGCGGUACCGCGAGGACCUCACCUGGCUCCACGACGUCGGCUUCGUCCGGCGCAACGACCGGCAGGAGGCCAACGCGCAGGGCAUCGUGCAGCGCUGGAUCCACCCGUACAAGAUGGGCAUGAACCCCAACGGCUCGCUGGCUGUGUGGGCGUCGAAGUCCCACUACGGGGACGUGCCGCGGCAGGUCGGCAUCACGGUGUGGUUCUGGCGCGCGCUGGGGUACCUCCUGUACGCCGCGCUGCCGGCCCGGCUGCCGAAGAUGACGCCAGUGAAGAAGCCGAGAGGCGCGCAGACGACGCACUGGACGCUGAACCCGGGCGUGCCGCUGAGCGCCGACCAGCGCCAGGACGCCGAGGACACGAUCCAGGCGGCGGAGGCGGCGCGGUGGGAGUACCCGGCGAUCUGGCUGCUGGGGCGGCACAAGAGCAUUGACGUGCCGUCGGCGGUGCGGCGGGCGCGGCUGGAGGCGGUCCAGCUGGCGCGCGACACGUACGACACAUUCGAGUCGCUCUGCGUGCGGCCGGCGGGUCUGAGGCGCGCGUUCGAGGUCGCGUGCGACGGCAUGCAGGUGCGGAUCGAGGCGGACCGCAGGGAGGGGUUCUCGUCGUGGCUCGACCUCGGCUUCGACAUGCCGCCGUACCCGGGGACGUCGGAGGACGGCCAGGCGCUGGGCAUCAUGGAGUUCUGGGCGGCGGGCAAAGGGUGGAAGCAGCCGGGCGGCAUCGGGUACGAGGACCCGUCGGGCGAGGUGCUGCGCGGCGAGGACCCGACGAUCAACAUGCAGACUGGCGGCGGCCUGCCGGCGUUUGCCAUGAGGGGGCUCGCGGGGGAGGCGUAUGCGCCGGCGGGAGACCGGCAGCAUCGGGGCCGGCCCCGGGCGAUGAUGCCAUACUUCACGCCGGCGGAGCUGCACGACCAUGCGGAGAGGUUCGGCGAGCCACUCGUGCUGGUCGAGGACGGGCUCGACCUGGAGGUGUACCGGCGGUCGGCGGUGAGCCGGGCGCUCGGGGUUGCGCGGGACGAGGUGCUGGCAUUGACGAGGCGGACGUUUUACGGGCGGCAGCUUACGCGCGAGGCGACGAGACGGCUGUUUGAGGUGGAAGAGGAGGAGGAAGAGGGGCAUCCGGCGCUGGCAAUCGGGAGGGUAGCCAGAGUGUUAAGGGAAGAGGACGUUGCGUUGAGCGACGGUAGGGACGGGCGGCCGUUAUGGAUCCGGAUGCAUCGCAGCGUCUUUGACGUCACUGAUCUCAAGUGCGUGUCGGAACCGAAGCUGACGGAGCUGCUUCGGAGCGUCCCCGGGGGCGAUCCGUCGCGGAACCUCCGGGACCAGGGCUACAGCCUCGCCGAGAUCAGGAAGUCGCUGGCGAUCUGGAGGAUUGGGAUCCUGGCCGCCGCCGCUGGGUCCAGCGCGGUGGCGGACCGGCACUCCGUCCGAACGUUCACACCGAAGAUGCUCCGCGGGCACGAGUUCAGGGAGGUGGGCAUGUAUGUGGCGAUCGACGGCAGGGUAUACGACAUCACGAACUACGUCGACUUACACCCGGGCGGCCUCCAGGUCCUGGUCGAGAACGCCGGACGGGACGUCACCGCCCUCUUCGACCGGUACCAUGGGGAGAACCGCGACCUCAUCAUAUCGAGGCUGCAGGAGCUGUACAUCGGCAACCUCGUCGAGCAGCGGCAGCAGUACCAGGACGACGAGCUGGAGGGCACGGCGAACAGGGACCUCGUCCGCCCGCACGAGAUCAUGAUUGACAGGAGCGUCUACUCGGUCCAAGCGCUUAGAGAGUCGGACGAAUACGAAGCGUACAGGGAUCUUGUGGAGCAGGUCUCGCCGUAUCUGGGCGCAGAUGCUACGCAGGACCUCAAGGUGGAGGACGACGACGAGGCGCCGCUGCUCCAGCUCGCUCGGCUGAGGGCCUACAUCUUAGCCACGGUCGCGAGGAUCGGACAGGGUCUCCCGGAGAUGGAACGUGACGAGCUGCAGAUGUUUAACGGGCAAAUCGACGAGGUCAGGGACGUGCAGAACGACGCGUUCGUGGCCUCGGACGGCAUGGUCUAUGACAUGACGGCGGCUAUGCGGUUCGGCUCGGCCAACCCCAACUACCCCAAGUUCGAGCCGUUCCUGGGGGGAAUCGUGACGGAUCGAGAGCUCAAGUCGUAUUUGGUCAGCCAUUGCCAGGAUCUGAUCUGCGCCGUCCUGGUCAAGAAGAAACGGCCGGGCGGUGGCGGAGGCCGCGUCGUGAAGUGGGAUCCGAGGAGAACUGCGCCUCGCAACUUCAAGAUGCCCAUCUGGACCGACCAGUCAAAGAAGACGAAGAAGCGGUCGUCCCCGGCCGACGACGAGAUCGCCCCGUACUCGAGCGCCAUCCGAAAGGCGCGGGGGACAUUGCAGGACGAGGAUUUUGAGAGGGAGGAUAUCUUCCGGCCGGCGCCGUCGCGGAACUACCUCAACAACCUGAUGGCCAGCAUCAAACACGGGGCCCGGCCCGAGCUCAGCGGGGCUCCAAGGGCGAGGGCCGGAUCGAGCGGCGGGCCGCUCUCGUGCGUUCCGAGGCCGACCCCGGAGCAGCUUCAGCGGCCGACUUCGGAGUUGAGGCGGCGGACGGAGGAGAAGAGGGCGAGUGGAAUGAGGAGGGUGUCUGGAAGCCACCCGACGGCGGGGCUAGCCGUGAAAAGACCAGAGAAGUCAUCGACGGGCGAUGUUGAAGGCGCACGGGAACCACAGACGUCCGCGGGGGAGAAGAAUGCGGCUCGGGACGUGAGAGACUCGCCGAAUGAGCUGCAGCGGACAGCCUUGGAGGUUUUGCCCAAGCGGAAGCUGAUCUUUAGAGCGGACGAUGGACCGCCGAGGAAGAAACGGUAG